UGCUCAUCAAUGCCACGUGCCAGUGCCAUCAGUGCCCACGUGCCAGUGCCCAUCAGUGCCACCCAUCAGUGCCAGUCAGUGCCACCUAUAAAUGCCAAUCAGUGCCACCUAUCUGUGCUGCCAAUCAGUGCCGCCUAUCAGUGCCAGUCAGUGUCGCCUAUCAGUGCCAGUCAGUGCCGCCUAUCAGUGCCAGUCAGUGCCACCUAUCAGUGCCAGUUAGUGCCGCCUAUCAGUGCCAUAUAUCAGUGUCAUGUAUCAGUGCUGCCUUUCAGU